AUGGCUCCCGAAAAUACAGCCAACAAUGGUGGACGCUCCUUCGACCGGAUCAUGGACGACAUGCGUCAAUCGUCGUUCACCUUCAAGCAGCCAGCCGAUCUGAUCAUCUUGCUGGGUUACUCGGUGAACCUGUACGCAGCAAUUCGCAUCGCCGUUGAAUCAGGCAUCUUCCGAGUACUUUCGGCAUCCAAAGACCCAGUCAAGGCCAGCGACCUGUCCUCCCGUCUUGACGACGUCUCGGGGGGCGAGGAUGACGAAAAGAAAGCGGACCGGGAAGAAUACGUGAUUCGCAUGUGUCGAGCGGUUGGUGGCAUGAGCCUGCUGGACGAAAUCGAACCAGGAGUGUAUCAGGCCAACGAGCUGACGCACACGCUUGCGGAUCCUGGCUUCGACCUGGGCAUUCGCGAGCUCUUCGAUGGAGCUCUGGGUCCGCAUAGCACACUGAGCCACAUGACCGACUGGGGCAAGGAGAAGGGCUGGACGGCACCCGAGCGAGCGGCGAACGGCCCUUAUCAGCAGGCGCGAGGCAUCGUAGGCACGAACACGUUCCGGCACUGGGUGCAGAGCGAACCGCAUCAGCUAUCACGGCUCAGUGCGCUGAUGAAGGUUAUCCAGCGUGAUCGACUGAAUUGGAGCGAGUGGUUUCCAGCAGACGCUUUGUUCACCGAAGGCAGCGAGAGCGGCGAUGUGCCGUUUAUUGUCGACGUAGGAGCAGGCCUCGCCCAUGAUCUGAUGGGUCUCGCCAGUAGAUACCCGGACAAGAAGGUUCGAUUUGUUGCGGAAGACCUUCCAAGUGUGAUUGCCGAGACCCGCGAGGAGAAGUUGGACAGCCGGAUAGAGCUCGUUGAGCAUGACUUCUUCCAGGCUCAGCCAAUAAAGGGUGCAAAGAUCUAUUUCAUGCACAAAAUCAUGCACGACUGGCCGGACUUCGAAGACGUCCAGAUUCUGACGCAUAUCCGGGACGCAAUGGCUGCGGACUCGCGCAUCUUCAUCAACGACUGCAUCCUGCCUGAUCAGGGCAGUCCUUUGCUGUUCUCCGCCUUCGAUCUCUGUAUGUUCGUGCAGCUGAAUGCCAAAGAGCGGAGUGAAACCAUGUGGAAGCGUUUGAUUUCCAAGGUCGGUGGCCUGGAGGUGCGGAAGUUCUGGCAGGCUCCAGAGAUGAAGGGCGAAGGCAUCGUUGAGGUGGUGAAGGUGUAG